AUUAAUUGGACCACUAAAAUAUUCAAAAAUGAAUUCUACAAAUUGAUCGACACGCCUGGUAUGGGUACUCUAGGCUUAACUGUAAUCGAUCGUUUUCGACUUAAAUUGUUUCCAAUAACUAGUUCUUACAAUCGCUUUGUUUUUUUUCUAAUAACUAACUCUGAUCAACUUUAACCGUUCAACGAAUGCUUAGGAACUAACUCCGGUCGAACAUUACCUCACUGAAAACCCCACAAAUGUAGCGAUAUAUUUAAAAGUAAUUUGUGCCUCUGUACCGACGUAAAUUGAUUACACGAAUCGAUAAGAAAGAACAAGAGCGAUGUGGGCAGCCAAGCCUCAAUAGCAUUCCGUGAUGCAAGUUGUAGUUGAGGCUCUGUCGGAUUGUGGUUCAGACAUUGGGCAUUGUGGAGUGUAAUCGUGGGAAGUUCUUUUAAGAAGGCAACGUUGGAUCGAUCGUUUGAAGAAGGGUCUAGAGAAGAGUGCUCUUUGGGCAAUAGGCAUCAGAAACAAAACUAGAAUGGAAGAAGCAAUUCCUCACUCGGGUUUGCCUGGUACCAUCACAACUGUGCCCAAAUCCGAAGAAGAACACAGUACGGACACCACUGUGCCCAAACCUUUAGAAGGACUCAGUAUGGACCCAACUGUUCCCACACCUCAAGAAGGACACAGCAUAGAUGAAGCACUCGAACUGCUAGGAUUCGGUAAGGUACAGAUCGUCCUAUCGAUCCUGUCCGGAGUCAGCAUGAUGACGGUGGUGAAUGAAGCGGUUGGCAUGAGCAUCGUUCUACCUGUGGCACAGUGUGAUUUACAUUUCAGUGCCUGGGAAAAAGGUAUCCUCGGUGGAUCGAUGCUUCUUGGAAUUAUGGCUUCAUCCUUCUGUUGGGGCUAUCUGUCUGAUACGCGAGGUCGCCAGCUGAUCUUGAAGUAUACCCUAUUUGCGACCUCGUUCUUUGGAGCGAUCUCCUCACUAGCGACAGGGUUCGUGUCACUGUUGGCGCUACGCUUCCUUACAGGAUUUUUUGUGGCCGCACCGGCCUCUACGGUGUACGCGUACUUGGGCGAGUUUACCACACCGAGCAGACGGAGUCAGACACUAUCGUUUGCCUCCGUUUGGGGUGGCGUCGGAAUAGUUUAUGUGUCAUUGAUUGAUUGGUGGAUACUCUCGUACGAUUGGAUGUUCGUCAUCAGCGAUUCCUUCGAGUUCAAACCAUGGCGACUACUGUUCAUCAUCAACACGUUGCCGGCCUUCCUGAACGGAAUCGCCUUCUGCUUUUGUCCCGAGAGUCCCAAGUACCUGGUGUCAAGGGGUCGAAGCGAAGAAGCUCUGGAAGUACUUAAGAAAGCAUACAUGCUAAACAAGGGUACCGAAAAUGCGGAUGGAUAUGAAGUAACGUCACUGCGACUAGAUCCGGAAGAUGCGAUCGCUCACGAUCAGAAUGGAAACACUUGUUUAGGUCCUAUCAAGUCAACAAUAAAAGAGAUACUACCAAUUCUGAAGCUUCCGUUUCUCGGAUACCUUAUCAUCUGCUGUAUCCACAACAUUGGAGCUUUCGCAAUAUACGGUGGGCUUGGCUUGUGGUUUCCUGACAUUAUGAACCACCUGUUUUCUGCUGCCGAAACCGUUGAAGGUAAGACGGUUUGUGGAGUACUUCAACGCAACGGAACGCAAGGAAUCGAAGUCGAACUAUGCAACGACCAGAAGGAAACAUUUCUAUACACAAUGAUGUCGGGCAUUAUGAGUGUCGUGCAAGCACUGGUCGUUACGCUGCUGCUGGGGAAAAUUGAUGUAAGAAUAAUGACAAUUCUCAAUUUUACCAUCGCUGCAAUCUGGGGCGGUGCACUACAGCAUGUCUCGAACUCGUACGCAGAGGCAUUAUUUUUUUGUCUGAUGAUAGUUUUUGCCGGGUACUGUGUCGUGCUGGUAAAUGCAAAUAUGGUAGACAUAUUUCCAACAAACGUAAGAGCGAUGGCUUUAGGGAUGGCAAACAUAUUCGGCCGGUUGAGCGGUUUCGUAGCGAGUACUUUGCUGGGGCACCUGAUGAUUGAAAAUUGUGAAAUAACGCUGAUUAUGCUGGCACUGUUGAUGGGCCUGUGCUCUGCUUUGACUAUCUUUUUACCCAAAAAGCAUCAAUAAACAAUAAAAUGAAA